CCUCGGCGCUCUCGGAAGGCCCACCGGCUCCCGGGCCCGCCGAGGAACCCCCGGAACCGCCUCGGCCGCGCGGGAGGAGGGCGGGGAGAAGACCAUGUGAAUGGGCUCCGGAGCCUGAGCGCCGCGCAGGACUGGUCCAGCAGCUGUAUUAGAAGACAUGUGGUGUGUAUGAAGUUUGUGAUAGUCGGGGGAAAUUUUGGAAUUUAGAUAAUGGGCUGUGUGCAAUGUAAGGAUAAAGAAGCAACAAAACUGACGGAGGAGAGGGAUGGCAGCCUGAACCAGAGCUCCGGGUACCGCUAUGGCACAGACCCCACUCCUCAGCACUACCCCAGCUUCGGCGUGACCUCCAUCCCGAACUACAACAACUUCCAUGCAGGGGGCCAAGGACUCACUGUCUUUGGGGGUGUGAACUCUUCAUCUCACACUGGGACCUUGCGUACCAGGGGAGGAACGGGAGUGACCCUGUUUGUAGCCCUUUAUGACUAUGAAGCACGGACGGAAGAUGACCUGAGUUUUCACAAAGGAGAAAAAUUCCAAAUAUUGAACAGCUCGGAAGGAGAUUGGUGGGAAGCCCGCUCCUUGACCACCGGAGAGACUGGUUACAUUCCCAGCAAUUAUGUGGCUCCAGUUGACUCUAUCCAGGCAGAAGAGUGGUACUUUGGAAAACUUGGCCGAAAAGAUGCUGAGCGACAGCUUUUGUCCUUUGGAAACCCGAGAGGUACCUUUCUUAUCCGUGAGAGUGAAACCACCAAAGGUGCCUAUUCACUGUCGAUCCGAGAUUGGGAUGAUAUGAAAGGAGACCAUGUCAAACAUUAUAAAAUUCGCAAACUUGACAAUGGUGGAUACUAUAUUACCACCCGGGCCCAGUUUGAAACACUUCAGCAGCUUGUACAACAUUACUCAGAGAGAGCCGCAGGCCUCUGCUGCCGCCUCGUAGUUCCCUGUCAUAAAGGGAUGCCAAGGCUUACCGAUCUGUCUGUCAAAACCAAAGAUGUCUGGGAAAUCCCUCGAGAAUCCCUGCAGUUGAUCAAGAGACUGGGAAAUGGGCAGUUUGGGGAAGUAUGGAUGGGUACCUGGAAUGGAAACACAAAAGUAGCCAUAAAGACUCUUAAACCAGGCACAAUGUCCCCCGAGUCAUUCCUUGAGGAGGCACAGAUCAUGAAGAAGUUGAAACAUGACAAGUUGGUCCAGCUCUACGCAGUGGUGUCCGAGGAGCCCAUCUACAUUGUCACCGAGUACAUGAAUAAAGGAAGUUUACUUGAUUUCUUAAAAGAUGGGGAAGGAAGAGCUCUGAAAUUACCAAAUCUUGUGGAUAUGGCCGCACAGGUUGCUGCAGGAAUGGCUUACAUCGAGCGCAUGAAUUAUAUCCACAGGGAUCUGCGGUCAGCAAACAUCCUAGUGGGGAACGGACUCAUAUGCAAGAUUGCUGACUUUGGACUAGCCAGAUUGAUCGAAGACAAUGAGUACACAGCACGACAAGGUGCAAAGUUCCCCAUUAAGUGGACGGCCCCCGAAGCAGCCCUGUACGGGAGGUUCACGAUCAAGUCUGACGUAUGGUCUUUCGGAAUCUUACUCACAGAGCUGGUCACCAAAGGAAGAGUGCCAUACCCAGGCAUGAACAACCGGGAGGUGCUGGAGCAGGUGGAGCGCGGCUACAGGAUGCCCUGUCCGCAGGACUGCCCCAUCUCUCUCCACGAGCUCAUGAUCCACUGCUGGAAAAAGGACCCGGAGGAGCGGCCCACUUUCGAGUACUUGCAGGGCUUCCUGGAAGACUACUUCACCGCCACAGAGCCCCAGUACCAGCCUGGUGAAAACCUGUGAGACCUGGGUCUGCAGAGAGAGGCCUUAUCCAAGAGGCUUCCCCGCCCCCUCCCCAUUAGCUUUCAGUUCCGUAGCCGGCUGCUGCCCGAGCAGCGAGAGCCGUCCUGGAUCAGAUUGCAUGUGACUCUGAAGCUGACGAACUUCCAUGGCCCUCAUUAAUGACACUUGUCCCCAAAUCCGAACCUCCUCUGUGAAGCAUACGAGACAGAACCUUGUUAUUUCUCAGACUUUGGAAAAUGCAUUGUAUUGAUGUUAUGUAAAAGGCCAAACCUCUGUUCAGUGUAAAUAGUUACUCCAGUGCCAACAAUCCUAGUGCUUUCCUUUUUUUAAAAUGCAAAUCCUAUGUGAUUUUAACUGUCUUCACCUGAUUCAACUAAAAAAAAAAAGUAUUAUUUUCCAAAAGUGGCCUCUUUGUCUAAAACAAUAAAAUUUUUUUUCAUGUUUUAACAAAAACCAAUCAGGACAGGUGUUUGUUUUUUUUUUUCUUUUUUAUAAAUAUGAAUAUAUAUAUAAUAUAUCUGUCCCUGUACAUACACCACGUGGGUGCUAAUGUGGAGACCAUGGCCAACCCAGGCCAUAAAGCCUCGGGACCCAGAGUGAGGAUUUUACUGCCAAAUCUGCAUAAAAGCCCUGGUAUUACUCUGCACACCAGUGGCAUCCUUUUUGGCUUUUGCAAAGCAUGAUCCUUUUUUCUUUUUAAUUUAGAUUGCACUUUUUUGGUUCAUGAUUGUACCUGUAGAUGGCUGUUACUUUGAUUCUUUUCAAAAGCAGCUCCAGAGCUGGAUUCACAAGUUCUGUUUCCAGUAUUUGCUUUGACUUAACUGCAAUUUGGUCUUGAAACCUAAAAGCGUGUUUAAGCAAGCCAACGGCCAAUACCACCAGGGGAACUGGAAGGUGGAUAACCACACAUACUUCUUGUACAAAAAUAUGAAUGCUGAAAUGUUUCAAACUUUUUUUUUUAAUUUAAUAAACCUUGUAACCACA